CAACUUUAUAUUUCUCAAACAACAAAAUGACCAACGGACCUUUAUACUUCAUUAAAAGCCAAUUCAACGGACGUGUUCUUGACGUCGACGAGGGUUCUACCGAGGAUGAUGCCAAGAUUAUUGUCUACACUCAAAAAACCGACGAUUGCUCAAACCAAUUAUGGUACUUUGAGGAUGGUUACUUCAUUAAUGCAAAGUCUGCCAAGGCUCUUGAUAUUCGAGGUGGUGAGAUGGAGUCCGAGUCUCAAAUUAUUCAGUAUGCCCAAAAGAUGACCGAGGAAGCUGCCAACCAAAAGUGGGGUAUCGAUGGUGAUGGUUAUAUCUAUUGCCAGGCUCGUGACGACUUAGUCUUAGAUAUUGAGGGUGGCGAGGACGCCGAUGGUGUCCCAGUUAUUUUAUACGAGAAGCGUGUGGGAGAAGUUGCUGCUAACCAACGCUGGUGUUUGGAGAUGUACCAAGCUUAAAAAAAUCAUAGGAGACUUUAUACCUAAUAAAAAUCGUAAUCGUUUUUUAACAAUGA